UGGCAGUAACAACUUCUUCCUGUCAAACUUGCCCUUACAUGAUGUCACAUUGAAAAUUGAACUGCAGGAGUUGAUUGGCUGGGACUGCGUCCACCCUGUGCUUUUCAUAUUAAGCUGCGCAACAGCCGAUUAAUUCCCCAGCUGAAAAAGGACGAAGAGCAAGAAUGGACGUGAAGCAGCCCAGCCAGUUGCCUCAAGAAACGAUUGAGAAGCUGAUCCGCCAAUCCCAUGAGGCAAAAACACAUGCCUACUGCGUCUACAGUAAAUUCAGAGUGGGGGCUGCUGUCCUGACAGAGGACGAUCGUGUGUUUACAGGUUGCAACGUUGAGAAUGCCUGCUACAACUUGGGUAUUUGUGCUGAAAGGACCGCAAUGUCAAAGGCAGUGUCAGAAGGUUACAGUAACUUCAAGGCUAUUGCCAUAGCCAGUGACCUUGAGGACCAAUUCAUCUCUCCAUGUGGUGGCUGCAGACAAUUUAUGAGAGAGUUUGGAACAAACUGGGAGGUGUACCUGACGAAGCUGGACAACUCCUACAUGAUGAGGACUGUGGACCAGCUGCUGCCCAUCUCGUUCGGCCCUGAUGACCUGAGCAUGAAGAAAGUGAUUCCUGACGAAAACUGAGCUCUCUGUGUGCAUGAAAAAGAUUCAGAGUUUAACAUGUUUGUGCUUUACUAAUAAUUAUGCUGAAGUCUUCUUGCCUUAUGACAUUUUCAUUGUAUAUGUCUUUUUUAAAUGCUGUUGCUAAGGAAAGGAAGGAAGGAAAGGACACCACUGCACACAACCAAAUGUGACCUUUGUUUUUAACCCAUCACCAAAGUGAACAGUGGGCAGCUUUAGGCGCCCGGGGAGCAGUGUGUGGGGACAGUGCCAGGCUCAGAGCACCUCAGUAGCAACUUGGCAGCUGGUGGACUCGAACCUGAAGCCUUCCGGACCCAAGUCCGCUUUAGCUUUAACCACUAAGCCAACACUUCCCCAAAUAACAUGAGCUUCAGUCAAUCAUUGACGUGCAUUAACAUGUAACUGGUUUUGUUGCAAAUUGCUGAAAAUGUAUUCAUUAGCUUUGGAAAAAAAAAAAUACAAAUACCAGAGAAAUCCAUCAACAAAUUUUAAUGAAUAAAUCAUUAAAAUGA